CGUGGUUGCGACAUAACGACAUGACGAACUGUUAUGUUUUCAGUAGCAACCGUUAUCCUGGACUGAAUAAAGUCGUUUUGACAGAUUGAAACAUGUCCACUCCACUUGAUGAGACAGCAGCAGAUGUGCCUGUCAGAGACCUCACAGUGAACCUGUCCCGACUCGCAGCAGUGACAGAUUCAUCUGCGUAUCAAAAUGCUCGGGCGCGACAGGACAUCUCACGGGUGUCCAGGGAGGAGCUGGAGGACCGGUUCCUGCGCCUCCAUGAGGAGCACCAGCUCCUCAAACAGCAUGUUCACAAACAGGAUGACAAGAUCAAGAAGCUGGGCACUAAGCUGAUGAGGCUGGUGAAAGACCGCGGUCGUAUGGAGCAGCUGGCGGUGGGUGGAGGUCAGUCGGUGUCCAGGGUGCGGGAUGUGGAAAUGGAGGAGAUGAUGGAGGAGCUGCAGGAGAAAGUCCGGAGUCUGCAGUCGGAGAACGAGGGAUUAAAACAGCGCCUCCUCAUGGCCAAGCAGCAGCUCAUCAACUCUCAGAGCAGGAGGCCAACGCCGUACGGCCGCGUCCAGUCACGAGUCAACUCCGGGUUAAAGAAGCUGCGAGAUGACGCUUCCUCUCCUUCUCAGACACGACCAAAAAGUACCCGCAGUUUGGAGGGAGGUGGGAGACCUCCGACCGGCCUCCUACCUCGAUUUGGACACAGCCUCCUCGAGGAUGCGAGGGCUGAGAUCCGUAACCUAGAGAAUGUGAUCGAGCUCCAGCGCAGCCACUUGGAGGAGAUGGAGGGAGUGUCGGAGCAGCUGAGGGAGGAGCUGAGGAGGAAGGAAGCAGAAUAUGAGGAGAGACUUCUGCAGGUCCGACAGCAGCAAACCUCCAAACUGAGGUCACACGUCAACAGCAAUGUGACAAUGAUCAAACUGCAGAAGCAGCUGGCUGACAGGUCCAACAGCGUCACAGAGCUGGAGGGACGAUUUCUACAGCUGCAGGAGAGUCAGAGGACGCUGAAGGUGAGUCAUGAUGCAGCGAUGCUGAAGGUGGAUGAGCUGUCAGCUCAGCUCAAAGAUGAGAGGCUGAAGAGUUUGGACCUGGAGAAACAGCUGCAGACAUCCGCCAUAUCCAGGCUGAACAUGGAGCAGCUGCAGGAGAGGAUCAGUGAGUUGGAGCAGGAGAGAGACCUGCUGAAGGACAACAACGAAAAACUGGUCAACAGUGCGUUCGAUGUGUCUCGACAGCAGAAGUGGCAGAUCCAGGAGCAGCAGCUGAAGCUACAGAUCGCUCAGCUGGAGACGGCGCUGAAGGCCGACCUCGUCGACAAAAACGAAAUCCUCGACAAAAUCAAGGCUGAGAGAGACUCAAAUGAGAAGCUGACAGAAGAAAAUAAGAAACUUCAGCUCCAGUUUCUGGAACAGAAGCAGCAGCUGGAGGAACUCAAUGAUCGUUUAAAAUUCUACAGCAGGGAGAACGAGUACGACGUAGCUGAACUCACAGAGGCGCUGCUGUUCAUUAAGGAGCGUAAAUCCCAGAGGAGUGGAGAUCUGGGCUUCCUGAAGGAGGAGCAGGAGAGAGGCGGCAGCAGCUCAGAGAGCGCCAUCCGAGAGCUGCGAGCCGCUCACGCUGAAACCAUCCAGGAGCUGGAGAAGACAAGAAACCUCCUCAGCGUGGAGAGCAACAUCUGCAAAGACUACAAGGCGGAGCUGGACGCUGUGAAGAAGAAGAUGGACAGUAACAGAGUGGAGAGUGAGCAGCAGCUGGAACGACAGGCCGCUCUGCUCGACACGAGAGCCGCCAAGAUCAAGAAACUGGAAGCUCAGCUCAGAGACAUCGCCUACGGCACCAAAACCUACGUCUUCAAACCGGACAUGACAGACGAAGAUGAGGCAGAUGAGUUUAAUGAAACUCUUCACCUGGAGCGUGGAGAGAACCUUCUGGAGCUUCAGAUAGUCAGCGCCACGCUCUCUCCAUCCGCCCUGCAGGCUCUGGGUGACGGUGAACCCUCCACCUUCUGUACAUACUCCUUCUAUUUGUUUGAGCUGCACUCCACUCCGGUGGUGACAGGCCAGAGACCCAAAUAUGGCUUUACCUCUAAGUACGUAGUGAGCAUGGACGAGCAGUUCCUGGAGUAUCUGCACAGACAGUCUGUGACUGUGGAGCUGCAUCAGGCUCUGGGGUUAGACUGGAGGACGCUGGCCACCGGGCAGCUCCGUCUGCAGCCGCUGCUGGAGCAGGACGGAAAAGUUCAUGGCACCAUGCCGCUGGUCGGUACGUGUGAUGACGCUCGGUCCUUUGGCUCCGUGGAUUACUGGGUGAGGCUGAGGGUCCCGAUGACAGAGACCAUCCGCCUGUUUAAAGAGAAGGUGAAGGCUGUGGGCUACAUCAGCACUGCUCUGAGCCAAGACGCACAGCUGCAGACAGCCGGCGGCGGCUGGAACGAACUCUCCAUCACAGUCGGACGCUGCAGAGACCUGAAGAAGUCCAGAGGCUCCCAGCAGCCGAGCCCCUACGUGGUCUACAAGUUCUUUGACUUCCCUGACUACCCGACCACCACUGUCCACGACUGCUGCGACCCCGUUCUCAACGACCUCAAGUCCUACUGUGUUUCGAUGGAUACGGAUCUGGACCAGUACCUGAAGUCUGAGGUGCUUCUGUUCUACGUGUUCAACUACAAAGAGGAGCAGAUGGAUACGUACAUGGGGAAGGCCAGAGUGCCUCUGCUGUCACUGGCCAAGGACCAGCCCGUCACUGGUGUGUUUGAGCUGACCGAUCCCUCUGGACUCCCCGCCGGACACAUUGAAGUGACGCUGAAGUGGAAGUUCACGUACGUCCCUCCAUCAGGCUCCAUCAUGACUGUUAAAGAGUUAAUCCCAACAGAGACAGAAAUCAAACCAGAGCAGGAUCAGCACAGAGUGGAGGACGAGAGGAAAGAGAAAGAUGUUGAUGAGACACUGCAGGAGGAAGACAAACACCGUCCUCAUCAGCCUGUCUCGCUUCCUAAGGUCGCUGCGUCGAAGGCCCCGCUGCCAAAACUCAGACAGAGGACGCACCUAAAGGACGGACUGACGGCCAAAAAGGUCACAUUCAUAGACCCCUCAGCUGCACGUGACCAGGUUGAGGAUAGCGGCUCAGCAGAGACACACCUGCCUGCAGAGAGAAGAGACACAUUAUCAACUGCUGUAAAGGUCGUGACAGAGGCGACUCCAGCUGCUCAGCGCACCGCAAGGGAAGAGGAUGAUGAAGAAGAGUCUCACGUCUCCGAAGGUCAGCUGGUCCCGGCAAGCUCUCAGUCCUACUCCGACGACUCUGAAAUCUCCGAGGAAAUUCUCCAAGAUGUUGAGGAGGCCUCAGCAGCCAGAGAGGAUCAGAGUGAAUCGACUCAGUCCGACAGCGAUGACUGCAUUGUUCACGGGCAGACCGCGGGGAGGAAGCCGUCAGAGAGAGUGCGGGUGGAGGUGGUGUCUCUGAGCCUGAAGCCGGAGUCUCGGGUGUCCCGAGACGACAGCGUGGUGCGUCUUUUUGUGGAGUACUCUCUGCUGGACCUGCCCACAGAGGAAACCCCCCUGUCCCUCCCCAAACCCCCCCAAGGCAAGAGCAUCAACUACAACUACAGCAAAGUCGUUCCUGUGGAUGCAGAGAAGAACGGGGUGAGGCGGCGGCUGCUGAGAGGAGUCCUGCAGGGACGAAACCCUCAGAUGGAGAGAAUCCGGUUCACAGUGGUGAGCGAGCCUCCGGAGGAAGAGGAGCAGGAGAGGGAGUGUGAGGACAUGGGCGUGGCCUUCCUCAGGAUCCCCGAAAUUCUGGAGAGACAACGGGACCUGACAGAGACCAGCCUGAAUGUGUUGGAUGUUGAGGACAGCAGCGAGGUGGUCGGCAGUCUGACUGUGUCUGUGGAGGGACUGGAGGCUCUGCAGGCCAUCAUGGAGGAGGACGACGUGGAGCUUCCUUCAGUAUGAGGCAACAUCACCGACACAAACAUCACAUGAGACACAAUGUGUGUACAACUGCCAACAUACUAAAACAGUAUCUGAGUCUAAUGUCUGCUUCAUACACUGAGGACUGACUCGGUACUGAAACACUGAAACUGUUCAGUUUAUCAGACACUUUAUUUGGAGGUCGUGUGUCAUUCAGAGUUUUCACUGUGUUGGUGUUUUGUAGACAUGUUAAACAUGUUUUGAAGCAUGAGGGAACUCUGAGUGUUCGUCCUGUGUCUUUGCUCAGGGAGCACAGAUCUGUUUAUCUGCAGGUCAAAAUAAAUGUGAGUUAAAAACUGUAAAGUUUGGUCGAAAGACGUUUGUUUCUUCAGCCUGUUGGCAGAGAAGCUUCACUGUCUGCCACUUUGCUCCACACUGAAAUAUAUCGACAACUGUUGGAUGGACUGUGAUGAAAUGUGUUUCAGACUUUUGUUAUUUUUGUUCUUUUGCACAAACAUAACACUGCAUAAAAUCCAGAUAAUGGAAAAAAAGAAAUGUGUCAGGAGAGGACAGGCUGAUACAGCAGACCUCCCUUUAACUACAGAAAAAACUAGCAAUAACAAAAUCCAAGUCCACUAAAAACAGAGAAAUACAUGAUAAACAAUACAAAGAAAAAGAAGAAGAGACAAAAACCAUACACACACACACACACACACACAUAUAUAUAUAUAUAUAUAUAUAUAUAUAUAUAUAUAUAUAUAUAUAUAUAUAUAUAUGUAUGUAUAUAGGGUUCUUGUGGAUCCAUAAAAGCCUUAAAAGGGAUAAAUAAGGUCUUACAUGUCAUAAAAGUGUCUUGAAUCAAUCUUUUAAAAGUCUUAAAAAUGUUUUUUUAUUUAAAUUUUAUGUACAGUUUUUUCUGAUUUUACAUUGUAAAGUAAUACUAUAGUGACUCCCUCACAUUAACGUCCCACUGAUCAGGACGGUGGAACCAACCUCUGUCAUAUUUAGCUUCUGCUCAGAGCAGAGGAUCCGCUGUCACUGCACCCUGGACGACAUGAGGGAAACAAAAAUUUGCUAUUUAUAAUACAAGAUUGUAUUGGUUUGAGAGGCUCGGUACAUGGCAAACAUAUAUUAUUAUAUUAUUAUGUAUUUUUUAUAGUAUGGAGGUGGACACCACUAAAAAGAAAAAUUAACAAAUAACUUUAAAAGGAAAGAGAAGAAAACAAACUAACAAACAGAAACAUGUCACACACAUGUCGUCAUACAUCUCUCUACAGGGUCACACAGUCACAGAGCAGGUUUAUAAUUAUGUAGGCUUAUCUCCCAUUUUAAGAUGAAUCUAUAACUGAUCCCGAGGUGAUACUCCUUUCUCCUGAUCGCCAUUCAUUCUCUUCUACUGAACAAACGUUCAUAAGAUGCUGUUUCCACCAUUACAUUAACCCAUUCUUUCACUCCAGGGCCUUUUUUGUCUUCUGGUGUUUUAGGAUAACUCGACAGACAGUUAUUAGACCCACAGUAAUAACUGGAAAUGCACACUUGGAUACAUUUGGUAUUUGGACCGAUCCAACAGUGAACACAACUUUGGACUUAAAGGGAUAACUGAACUAAAAAUUGUCUUUUUAAACAAGAUUUCUCAUCAUGGCUGAAACAGUUGAAUACACAAGGCUUGGUGUAUUCAAUGUCCAAAAAAAAACAACAUCAUCAAGACAACCAACAAACGCCACGUAUUUUUAGUAUUGUAUUAUUUCUGUCCUUCCUUUGUCUCAGCCAUGCCCAGAAAUUAUUAUUUUUAUUUUCAACAUUUAAAGUAGAUCAGCUUUUUUACUGGAACAAAAAAAAAAAUCGUAUUUUAUGUUACAAUCAGAGUUUGGGCAAAAUUGACCCUAACCUCCACAUCUCACCCUGUCUGUGGCUGAAUAAAUGACUUCCUGUGUCAGUGAUGUUGGCAGGUAGACAGCCGCCAUGUGGACGUCUCAAUAAAACCUGAACAUAAUAAGAUAAUAGAAGUUUUCCUGCAGGAGAGGAAGACAAACUUACUGAAGUACGUUUUAUAAAAAGCUUGAAAUGUAAAUGAUCUUAUUUAAUGUAUAAAACUGAACCUGAACCUUCAGAUUGUAUUACUGAGUCACAUGUGUAAAGGUGUGUUAAAAUACUGUAGAUGUUAUAAUGAUAUAUUUUAAAUGUGAAAAUGUUUUAAAGUUUGUACACUAGAGUUAUUUAAUGUAUUUCAAUCUCCAACUGUAAUAACUGUAAAUUUUUCAGGUUCUGGUCUCCGGCAGUAGAAGCUUUUAGUUUUUACAGGUGGAUGUUUUAGUGUCAGUGUGUUGAUAGCUGCUGAACACCUGCACAGUUACAUCAGAAUACUGUUUGUAAUGUUUGUUGGUGGGAGAGUGAAGAAAGAAGUUGGACAAGCGUGCCUUAAAUUUGAUAUUUCCUGUAUGAUGUUUUGUAUUGUGCUCUAAUAAAGAGUGUUUUUCUGUA